AGAACAUAUAAACCACUAUAAGUGAUCAGAGCAGAUCACGUCAGACAGCAAAGACAGAAGAGCGUCAUCACGUCUACACUGAGGCCACCAUGAAGACUCUCAGCUUCACACUGGGACUCCUGCUGCUGCUCACUGUUUACUGCACUGCCAUGCCUCAAGCAGUGAAUGCAAUAGCACCAGGAUCGUGCUGCUUUCAAUUCUUUACCGGACAGGUGCCGCAGAAGCAAAUUAUCUCUGUCGUCAAGACUCACAGCAACUGUCACGAAAAGGGAUUUGUGGUCAGCACCGCCAGAGGGAAGGAGAUGUGCGUCAGCCAGAAUUUGGACUGGGCACAGAAAGCUUUCAGGACACAACAAGUCAUCACUGACUAAUGAUGGUCCUCAUGAUCAGACAUCUCCAGCUUCUCAACCUGCAGCCACAAUAAAGCUCUGUCGCAUCAUUUUUAUGACAAGAAGCUUUGCAUUGUGUAUUUUCAUGCAGCUAUUAACCAUUUUACUGAUAAAGCCUUGUUUUGCUUCAUUCUUAAUAAUUACAUUUUCAUUUUACAAAAUGUAUUGAUGUAUGCAUUCAUGAAACGAAAAGGAAAAAUAAAUAUAUAUGAACAUUGUGUUGUAUAUAACUUAAUCUGGCUGAGAACUGUCACAGAUUUGUGACAUAUUGAAAUGUAUCCUAUAAUGAUUAUUUUUAAAUUAGCAGUGGGUCCAGGAAGUGUAACUUUUCAUAUCUCACAAAGGAGAGAAUCUGCAUUCUGUCAAGUGUAACUUUCUAUUCAUGGUGAUUCAAUCCUGCAAUUAUCUUGCUCAUGUGAAUAAAUAAAUAAAUGAA